AAAGUGAACGAACAUACCUUAUUGUCAAUCUGUAAAUAUGCUGUUCUUUACAUUCUGUAAAUUUUCUUUUACUUAUAAAGGUUCUAUAGAGGGAGGUGAAGAUAUUGUAACUAAACAUAAUGUUGGUUUGAUAAAUCAUAAAAUAUUACACCAUCUUUCUUUACAAAAUGGCCACACUUAUUACGUCACUGUAGAAGCAAUUGAUUUUGUAAACAGAACAAAAACCGUUUCAUCAGAAGGUUUCAUAAUUGAUAAUAGUCCACCAGAAACUACAUCUAAACCUAUACAAUUUACUAAUACAUAUAUACAGUCAAAUGAUGUAUUGUCUGCGUGUUGGGGCGGAUCAUUUAAAGACACCGAAAGCGGUAUAAGUCAGUAUCGGUGGGCAAUAGGUACUAGACCAGGUCAUGAAAACAUAAGGGGAUAUAUGAUAACAAAUAAUGAUUGUGAUGAAGCGAAUUUAGAACAAAAAUUACAAGAUGGACACGUUUAUUACGUCACAGUUCAGGCCAUUAAUGGUGCAGGGUUAUCUACUACAUUAAUAUCUCAUCCAGUGACAGUAGACACAGCUCCUCCUACCACAGGACAUGUCAUCGAUAUUCUUAAUACAAACUAUACCGGAGAUGACGUAGAUUAUAUAACUAACGAAUCACCACUUUCUGUUAGAUGGCAAGGAUUUCAUGAUCCCCAUUCAUCAAUGCAAUACUAUACUGUUAAAGUUGGUACCUGUGAUGAUUGUGAUGACAUAAUUCCAGAAAUCAAAACAGGAAUAUCUACACAUUUUACCUUUCCACCGUCCAAAUUGACUCCUGGAACAAAAUAUAUCACCACGGUAACAGGGUGCAAUAUGGCGGACAUGUGUACGUCGGCCAUUUCUGAUGGUGUAAUAAUUGACGUGACACCACCGGACGUGGGAAGAGUUUUAGAUGGAACGAAAGAUUUAGAUGUAGAAUUCCAAGCAACCAGAAACUUUGUUGGUGCCAAAUGGCAUGGGUUUAAAGAUGCACAAUCUGGUAUAGCGAGAUAUGAAUGGAGAGUAGGAACAACCAUUGGAGGCGAAGAGAUACUUAGCCCUCAAAUUUUACCAGUGGUCGAACUGACCUAUAGAUCUAAUUUACCUGAUAAUAAACUAUUGCCUACUGAUACUAGAAUUUAUAUUACUGUUAGAUGUUACAAUAAAGCAGGUUUAUACAGCGAAGUUACAUCAAAUGGUUUUAAAAUCGAUACAACAUUACCAGUAGUGGUACAAAGGGCAGUUCCUGUCUCAACGUUUAGUUCUAUUUUACCUUCAACUACGAUAUCAAAAUCUAGUAUUAAAAUUGAAUGGAAGUUUACUGAUGAUGAAUCAGAUAUAGAAAGACAAUACAUUUCUAUUUCACCUCAUUUAUUGGGAGAUUUCAAUUCUUCAGCUAUGGAGAUUCCUAGUGUGGUAACAGAGUUUACGUUUUCUGGUCUAGUUCUACACGACGGUAGUAAAUAUAAAGUUAAAGUGAUUGGUUGUAAUUUAGCUGGUUUGUGUCAGUCGAGUGUUACAGAUGAUAUAACAGUUGAUUCUACAUCACCUACCAGAGGUAUGUUUGCUAUUGAUACUGACCACGCCGCUAACUUAAACAGAGAUAGGAAUAACUGGAACCACUGGUCUACUACGUCUAUUAAGUUAGCAUGGUUGGGAUUUGCCGAUCUGCAUACUGGUAUAACCGAGUAUAAAGUCAGUGUAGGAACAAAACCUUUCUUUACUGAUCUCAACCAGGGCGAUCAACAAACCACGUUUCAACAUGUGGCUGGAGAUAAUUUUAAUGAUGAAGGAAUGGUACAAUCAGUUACAAUAACUACCAAGACACUACAUAUGGGCAAUUCUGUUUUCAUAUCUGUAUGGGCUGUUAACGGGGUUGGAUUAAAAAGUCAGCCUGCUCAUUCUGAAUUUGAACUUGUAGAAGGAGGAAUGUUAGAUUUGGUCAGGAGAUGUCAACCGUAUAAUUGUCUUGGACAUUGUGUUUGUGCUGCACAAGACAAAACAUGUUCAGAUGCUGAAAACUGUAGUGACAUCUCAACAGGGAAUCCAAAUAACAUUAUCCAAGUUACUGACAUGAAUAAUUUGAUGUCAUCUGAUGCUGCACAGACUUACUACACAUCGUCUUAUAAUUUUCUAGCUGCCAGAUGGAGCAUAAUAAACCUACAAGGUAUCUCUCCUAUAAGAUAUGAAUGCAGUGCCGGACAUCCCGGUGAAAAUUCCCCCAGUGGAAUAUAUGAUACUGAUACAGAAAGAACAUGGUUUGAUGUUGGUGAAAAUACCGAAACUAUAAUUACUUUACCUACAGCUAAAGUUUUAGAUAAGUCUAUAACAUAUAGUGUAUUUGUAAGGGUAUGGUAUAAUACAAAUCAAUAUGCGAUAUUUAAGUCUCCUGGUAUUACACCACUGACGUCUGCUCCGAGUGUCAGUCACAUAGCGGAAGCUGCUAUAAAAGAAUUAGAAACUAUAUCAAGUGUUAACGAUAUAGAUUACCAAACAUCCAGCAAUCAGAUUAUUGUUGGUUGGAAGAAUAAAUUUAGAGGAGGAAUUCAUGGAUUCGAUUAUUUUAAGCCUUACAUAAGCACACAUCCGCAAGGCCACAACGUCCAUCAGUCAUCUACAAGAGUACCUGGAAAUACUAGUGUCUAUACAGCUACUAAUCUAAAUCUACAAGAGAAUAGAGAAUAUUAUAGUACUGUACUAGCUUAUAAUAAAGCAGGAUUAUUGAGCUGGGCCAAUAGUGAUGGAAUAUUAAUAGACAAUACAACUCCCACUUCCGGUAUUAUACAUGAUGGUAAUGAUAUCUAUGAUAAAGAUUACCAAUACUCUACAACAGUUAUAUCCUCAUCAUGGUAUGGUUUUACUGAUAGUGGUACUGGUAUAGUUAAAUAUUACUGGUGUAUUGGUACUGAUUUUAAUACUACAGAUUGUAAUAUACACGACUGGAAGAAUGUAGGAUUAAAUACUAGAGUGUCUGUAAACCUAACCUCACCUUUAAAUCAUGGUAUGAAAAUUUAUAAUAAAGUGUAUGCUGUAGAUGGGAGUGGGUUAAAAUCUGAUGUAGCGGUGUCUGAUGGUAUUACAAUUGAUACCACGCCCCCAGUACCGGUUGAUAUAGAUUAUAUUGGAGAAAAUCGCAUCGCCAAUCCAUCAUUUGAAGAAGGCGUGGCAGAAUCAAAUAAGGAAUGUGAUGACCAACCACCAGCUCCUUGGUAUAUUGACUCCACCUCGUGUAUUAAAAUCAUCCAGUCACCACCUUCCGUUUCAAAAGAGGGUGGAGCCUAUAUUAAAGUGAAAGGUCAUAUUCAACAAACAGUUUUUGAUUUAAACACCCAAAGUUCUUACCAUGUUAUAGUACACGUUGGAUAUCCACAUGAUGUUAGCAUUGAGCAUCACAACGUGGAAGGUUUCGUGCAAUUCGGACAAGAAACUCACACUUUCAGCCUUGACCCAGAACGAUGUCAGGGGAUAUGUGACAUCGACCAACAGCCAUUAAUAUUAUGGAAUAAAGUUACUUAUGUAUUCCAUCCAAGAGAAGCAAGAGAAGUGAUAAGAAUUGGUACAAGUAAAUUACAUAUGAUAUUAGCUGUAGAUGAUGUAUAUGUACAACAAGUUAAUUAUAUAGAUAUAACAAGUGAUUCUAAUCAUUUAAUACAUCAUACAGUGUUUAGACCUUAUUGGUCAUCUCUUCAUCUUACCUGGCAUUUUAAAGAUGAUCAAAGUCCUAUUACAGAUUAUCAAUGGGCACUAGGAACCGUGAAAGAUGGAAACCAGAUUCGGGCGUUCACAAGUGUUGGUGGAAAUCAGCAAGUUACAGCAUCCGGUCUAAAAUUAGCCCAUAAUACACUACUAUACCUGACCGUGAUGUCAACCAAUGGCGCCGGACUGACAACUGUCAGCCAUUCAGAGAGUAUUGUUGUCGAUAUGACUCCGCCAAUAAUAUCAGAGAUAAACGAUGGUAUAGGGGAUGAUGUAAAUUUCCAGAUAACCAAACUUAUAUCAGUUAAUUGGAAAGUAGAAGAUAAAGAAUCGGGGGUAGAAUAUUGUCAAUGGGCUAUAGGUUCAACGCACGGCGGUGUUGAUAUACAGCCAUUUACUCCUGUACCAGAUCAACAAUCAUUUGUUCAAGUUGAACUCAGUGUUGAUCAAAUACAGAACUCUAAACUAGUUUAUUCUACUGUAAGAUGUUAUAAUAAGGCUGGUUUACCAACUACAGCCACUAGUGAUGGCGUUCUGGUUAUAAUCAAAAUGGCUGCCAUAGCAGACGGACAUAUCGCCAUUCAUCAAGAUGGAGUAUCUGCAUAUCCGGUGAAGGAUGAUUGUUAUCCAUUGACUGAUAGUUUACGAUUGAAAUGGGAUUUAGAAAAUACCAUAAUUGAUAUCAAAUCUAUACAGGUAUCAAUGUAUGGUCCAGGUUAUAAUUUAUAUAAAGAAGUUCGAGUUACAGAGAUUGGUUAUAGCCAGGCUAAAUUAAGAAGUUUAUCACUACAACCUAACUCUAACUAUAAUGUUUGUGUUUCUACUAUUAAUGUAUUAGGAAGACAAGACAGUUCUUUAUCAACAGUAAUAGCAUCUGUAGCACAACCUCCUAUUUUACAAGCGGGUUCAAAAUUAUUAAUUGCCAGAUCAUUUGAUGGUAAAUCUAUGGAAAUGUCAUGGAGAGAUUUAUUUACGUCCCCAUGGAAGAACCUGUAUUAUGAAGUCAGUUUAGGAACGUCGCUGGGAGGAGCGGAUGUUAUACAAUGGCAAGAGACAAAAGUUGCUUCCCUUACCAUUGAAAUGCCUGAUAUAUCGAAGUUACCAAGAAUAUAUUUAACAAUAACAGCUGUCGACCCAUGCCGUCUUUUCCUACAUUAUAAUCAUACCAUUAUACUUUAACAUACCGAGAUUAUUACUUCAAAAUAUCUAUUUUAGAUUCCCGUUACAAAUAUAAUCUUUAUAACUCCGCUAUCUGUUGCAAAUAACUGAUUUUUGUUUCUACAAUAUAUUUCAAGAUAAUAUUUAACAGAUGGUGUAAAUCUUUAUAAUGUAUUCCUAAUAUUAGAUAUGUAAAUAACCACGAUAUAUUUAAAACUGUUUUCCUUCAUAAUGACCUGUUGAACUCUCCUCAUCAUUGAUUAAAUGGACUUUGAAUCUGAACCUGCAUUUAGUCUGCUGUGUGCCUGAUCCAAAUCGUCAAGAUUCUGCACCGAAUGUGACAGUUUAAGUUGACCCCCGGUGUGUGUUUGCUCCUGGGUACUUGCGCAUGUCCGAAACUGUUGUUUGCAUUAACAUCGAAGCUAUAUCUACUUCCGGCGGUGUGAGAUGGUUCCAGAUCACUGAAAAGUAUUACGUAUUUGGUUAGAGUUUUGUCAUUAAUAAACAUAUUUGUUAUCGUGAUUAGCUGUUGUUUUAGAGAUCAGUAGUUACACGAUCAACGGAUCUAAAUUCAUUGGCUUGAAAUUGAUACUUCUAUCGUUCGUGAUUUGUUGCCGUUGUUUUUUAGUGAUUAGUCAUUACACUUUUUGUUGUUUUAACUAUUAAUUAACUAUUUUGCAGAUUGAAUAUUGGCUUUUAGAUGAUUGGGAUUUCUGUGUAUCAUUGUUAUUUUAAUUUUGUACUUCUUAUUAAAAUUAUUACAACUUCACAA